UUGUUUGUUUAGAAAAUUUCGGUUAAUGUUUCAAAACUUGUUCAUUGGUUUCUUGCCGUCCAUUGGAAAAGCUGUGAUUCGCACAGAUAUGUCGAAAAAUUGUGCUCAGAUAUUGCGUCGAUUUUGCAUGAUAAUGCGACAAAAUUUUGCCAAAAGCUGCGAAGACAAAUUGAAUGAUCAGAUCAAUCUGGAGCUAAAGGCCUGCCAUCAAUAUUUAGCUAUGGCAUAUCACUUCGAUCGAGCCGACGUCAGCUCACCGGGCAUCCAUAGCUUCUUUCUGAAGGCCAGCAUGGAGGAGCGCGAUCAUGCCGAGCUGAUCAUGAAGUAUAUGAAUAAACGCGGCGGUCUAAUACGUUUGAGCACAGUGCCAGAGCCGUUGGCCGAGUUUGGGGAUGCGCUGGGUGCACUUAAGUAUGCGCUCCAAAUGGAAUUGGAGGUGAAUCAGCAUCUGUUGGAUGUGCAUGCGCUGGCCGGCAAGGAAAACGAUCCGAACCUAUGCGAUUUCAUAGAGGCCAACUUUCUGCAGGAGCAAGUCGAUGGUCAAAAGGUAUUGGCCGACUUCAUACGCCAAUUGGAGCGUGCCAAGAGCGAUAUCGGGGAUUAUCUAUUCGACAAGUAUAUGGCCUCGGCUGGCAUGCACCAGGAGAUCAAGAAACGUUGAAAUUGAAGAAACGAAAAUUGAGAAUCCCACCGCUCUUGCGCCUUUUCUAUUUCCACUUCAUUUUUGUUUGCUUUGUAUCAGUUCAAUGGCAAUAGAUUGUAGGACUUAUCAGCGUCCCAGUAGCGCAGUAUAUGUCUAUAA